AAAUUAUUCCACUCCUAUUAUUAAUAUAUUACUCUCCUUCUUCUAUAAAGAACAUACACGUCUUGAAGCAAUCAGCCACUCUUGGGUUUUGGUUUUAUCCGAAUCGCCAAUCAUUCCCCUCCCAAGCAACCACCUUCCCUCCCACCUCAUCGGAAAAAGCUUAGGUGAGUCGUCGGGGACAUGACGAUUUCAGCUGCCGCCGGCAUCUCCCUGUUAAUCCCGCUCCUCCUCCUAGCUCUCUCCACUACCAGCACAGUCAGCUCCGCCAGGCCAGAUAAAGCAGAUGACGUCAUCCAGCUGCCCUCAUCCGCUUCCAGGUUUUUCCGCUCCGGUGGCGUUGACGACGAUGCCGACUCUACGGGGACUAGGUGGGCGGUAUUGAUCGCCGGAUCCAAUGGAUACUGGAAUUACAGACACCAGGCUGAUGUCUGUCACGCCUACCAGAUUCUCAAAAAGGGUGGUCUGAAAGAUGAAAACAUCAUUGUUUUCAUGUAUGAUGAUAUUGCUUAUAAUGUAGAGAACCCAAGGCCUGGAGUGAUAAUCAACAGUCCACACGGUGAUGAUGUUUACAAAGGCGUUCCGAAGGAUUAUACUGGGGAAGAUGUGACUGUGGGAAACAUUUUUGCUGCAAUUCUUGGUGACAAGUCUGCUCUGACUGGGGGCAGUGGUAAAGUUUUGGACAGUGGUCCGAAUGAUCAUAUUUUCAUCUACUACACCGAUCAUGGAGGUCCCGGGGUGCUAGGAAUGCCUACCAGCCCAUACAUGUAUGCCGAUGAUCUGAACGAUGUUUUGAAAAAGAAGCAUGCUUCUGGAACCUAUAAAAGCUUGGUCUUCUAUCUGGAAGCUUGUGAAUCUGGAAGUAUCUUUGAGGGUCUUCUUCCCGAGGGUUUAAAUAUUUACGCAACCACUGCUUCAAAUGCUGAAGAGAGCAGCUGGGGAACUUACUGUCCUGGAGAUUAUCCUAGUCCACCGCCAGAAUAUGAAACCUGUUUAGGCGACUUGUACAGUAUUGCUUGGAUGGAAGACUGGUACACACUUCAAUUUAUCUUUUCACCGAGUUUCUUAUUUGUCAUUCCUAACCCAGUUUUCUUAUCUAACCAGUAGGGAAAACAAACAAUGAGAAAGCGAAAAGAAGGAUGUUUUCUUGCCGUUCAGAAAAGUAAAUGGCAUAUUUUAACUUUCUAUCUCACUUGCCUUUUGAUCAGCGAUGUACACAAUCUGCGGAGGGAGAGCGUGCAUCAGCAAUACGAGUUGGUCAAGUCGAGAACUUCAAAUGACAAUUCUCCUUAUGGUUCCCAUGUCAUGCAAUAUGGUGAUAUGCCACUCAGCAAGGACAUGCUUGCCAUGUAUAUGGGUACCAAUCCAGCGAAUGAGAACUUCACUUUUGUGGACCAGAAUGCCAUAAUACCACCCGUUAAAGCUGUUAACCAACGAGAUGCCGAUCUUGUCCAUUUCUGGGAUAAGUACCGAAAGGCCCCGGAAGGGUCAGCGAGGAAGACUGAAGCCGAGAAGCAGGUUAUGGAGGCCAUGUCACACAGAAUGCAUGUAGACAACAGCAUGAAACUCAUCGCAAAGCUCCUCUUCGGAAUCAACAAGGGUUCGGAGGUGCUCAGCGCUGUUCGCCCUGCUGGCCAGCCCCUUGUCGACGACUGGAAAUGCCUCAAGACACUGGUAAGGACAUUUGAGACGCAUUGCGGGUCGCUGUCCCAAUACGGAAUGAAGCACAUGAGGUCUGUAGCGAAUAUGUGCAACGCUGGAAUCGGGAAAGAUCAGAUGAACGAGGCUGCGAGCCAGGCAUGUGUCAGCUUUCCUACCAGCCCUUGGAGCUCGCUGCAGAAGGGGUUCAGUGCAUAAGUAAGCUGUGGAUUUUAAUGGGAUGAUUUGGUCUAUUAUUGUCCAUAAAUAGUAAAGUGUGGCCAGAUAUAGAACGAAGUGGGUUUGCUGGAAUGGGUUUUGCUACUUUGCUCUUCUCUCCUGUAAAUAAGAAAGAAAGAACCCUCUGCUUGUAGUAAUCUCCUACCUAUCUCUUGCUCUGCUGUGUAAUGAAAGCAUUCUCUUAAAGAUGUACAACUGCAUUGAAACUAAAUAUGUAUUCUACUAUGCAUUUGCAUCAUCCAUGGUAUG